GGAUUCGGCUUCAAGGGCAGCAAGUUCCACCGUGUGAUCAAGGACUUCAUGAUCCAGGGAGGAGAUUUCACCCGUGGAGAUGGCACUGGAGGAAAAAGUAUCUAUGGGGAUCGCUUCCCUGAUGAGAAUUUCAAGCUGAAGCACUACGGCCCUGGCUGGGUGAGCAUGGCCAAUGCCGGCAAGGACACCAACGGUUCCCAGUUCUUCAUCACCACGGUGAAGACCCCAUGGCUGGACGGCAAGCAUGUGGUGUUCGGCAAAGUGCUGGAGGGCAUGGAUGUCGUGAGGAAGGUGGAGAGCACUAAGACAGACAGCCGGGACAAGCCCCUGAAGGAUGUCGCUAUUGCCGACUGCGGCGCCCACGAGG